CCGGAACAGUUGAUUACACUAUCUGAAGCGCGGAAACGAAUUGUCUCGAUCCAAAGUCCCACUCGCGGGCGAGCAUAGGGACCGGAAUCAGGACCGGAACCCACCGACGACUCCGGAGUGCACUUGAAGCGGGGAAGCAUUGGGAGGAAAGCAAUCGCAAAACAAACUUCGCAAAGCUUCAAAAUGUUGGUCGAGCUGAGUGCCAAACAAAAAUUCCUGACGCUGUCCGGCAUCACAGCUGUGGCGAUGGCGGCGUCAUUAGCGAUCGGACAGAGAUUGAUACCACAAACGCUACUGACCGGUCUCUUUUUUUACCUCAUAUCCGGCGAUCGACCGUCGACCGUGUACGCCUCCGUCCGUUCGCUGCCUCGGGAUUUACGCACGGCGGUCAUCUUUCUCAAGCUCAACCUGUCACUGUACCGGUAUGAACGGGCCGGUGCCACGGUGGUGCAAAUCUUCGAGAGCGUCGUGGCCCGGCAUCCCCAAAAAGCGGCCUUUCUGAUGGACAACCGGCAGCUAACGUUCGGCGAGGUGAAGCAGCUAGUCGACCGCGUGGCCGCUCACUUCUAUGCGAAGGGUUUCCGGAAGGGCGACACGAUUGCGCUGCUCAUGGAGACCCGCCUGGAGUAUCCGUGCAUCUGGCUCGGGCUGUCGAAAAUCGGCAUCGUAACGGCACUGAUCAACUCGAACCUGCGCAAGGAAACGCUGCGUCACUCGAUAGCGGUGGCUAAUUCGAAAGCAAUCAUCGUUAGCACGGAGCUGGCCGGAGCGAUCGCCGAAAUAUACGAGCAGGACGGCAUAAAAGGCUUACCGGUGUACCGGUUUCGCAGCGCAGACGACGAGGACGGAACCACCAAUAGUGACCCAUUGCCAGAUGCCGAAGAUUUAAGGCUCAGCGCGGACGGCGGUGGCUCAAGCGUAGAUUUAAGCGCCAUCCCGAAUGAUAUAUCACCGAAAGAUAAAUUGGUUUACAUCUAUACGUCCGGCACGACCGGUAUGCCAAAGGCGGCCGUCAUCACGAACCUAAGGUACACCUUCAUGGCCCUCGGGUGCUAUUAUAUGCUGAGCUUCCGCGAUGACGACAUCAUUUAUAAUUCAUUGCCGCUUUAUCAUUCGGCCGGCGGCAUGAUUGGCGUCGGCAGCGUGGUGCUGUGUGGUUUGACGGCGGCCUUGCGCAAAAAGUUUUCCGCCUCCAACUUCUGGACCGAUUGCAUCCGGCACAAGUGUACGGUGGCGCAGUACAUUGGCGAGAUCUGUCGAUUCGUGCUGAUGACACCGCCCAAGGCGACCGACACCCAGCACAGUGUGCGGCUAAUGUUCGGCAACGGGUUGCGGCCCCAGAUAUGGCCACAGUUCGUGUCGCGCUUCAACAUUGCCCAGAUUGGCGAGUUUUACGGCUCCACGGAAGGCAACUCGAAUUUGUUAAACAUCGACAACACGAUGGGGGCCGUCGGAUUUGUGCCGAACUUUGCCAAAGCCAUCUACCCGGUCACGCUGAUAAGAUGCGAUGAGGAAACGGGUGAAGUUAUCCGCGGCGGGAACGGUUUCUGCAUCAAGUGUAAACCGGGAGAACCGGGCGUUUUCGUGGGGAAGAUCAACCCGAAGAAGGCACUCAACUCGUUCGUGGGCUACGCUGACAAGGCAGCCUCGGAAAAGAAGGUCCUCCACGACGUGUUCCGCACCGGCGAUAUCUAUUUCAACUCGGGUGACAUCCUGGUGCAGGAUCUGCUCGGUAACUAUUACUUCAAGGAUCGAACGGGCGAUACGUUUAGAUGGCGCGGUGAAAACGUAGCCACGUCGGAGGUGGAAGGCGUCAUCACGACGAUUGUGGGGCUGAAGGAUUGUGCCGUGUACGGAGUUGACAUUCCUGAAAUCGAAGGUAAAGCGGGCAUGGCAGCUGUCGUGGAUCCGGAAGGAAAAGUGGACAUGGAGCAGCUGGCGGCCGGCAUUCGGGCCAGUUUGCCCCCGUACGCGAGGCCACUGUUCAUCCGUGUGCUCUCGGAGGUACCGAUGACGACCACGUUCAAGCUGAAGAAGCGUGAACUGCAGGUGGACGGAUACGAUCUGGGCAAGGUGAAGGAUCCGAUCUACUACCUGCAGAGCAACGGCACGUAUCGAUUGUUUACGCCGGAAGAUCACGAAAGCAUACGGAGCGGCAAAGCGAGGCUAUAAGCACACGGGUUGUGCCGUUAUGGGGGCCUACAGAAGCUGUACGCGGAGAUACUCUAGCUCUGUUUCGUUUUUAACAGUUUUUUCUUUGCCAUCAACACCAAAAAUAAUACCAAAAGGACUGAAAUUUCCCGAACCGAACAAAAUACGGAUGCGCGCCCUACGUUUCGAAUGCAUCGCCGCGCUGCUGUAGGGUUGUGUUCCGUGAACAAUUCGUACGAUAAGAUUGUUGCUUUUAUACGUUUCUCACUAUGUUUGUAGCAAAGUGGUCGAGCCUUAAGAGAGAGCACUCGUAGCAAUAAAGUAUGUACUAUGGACAUGAAC